CAAUCAAGGAAGAGCAAGUCUUUUAAAGCCCCGCACUCUAACCCACGUGGGGUAGUGAACGGUAGCCAAUCAAUUAUCAGCCGGCGCGGCCCGCCCUAUCUCACUUCUCCACUCUGGUGAGAGGCGGCUGUCGCCUUAAGAUGUAAACAAGGCCUCGCGCAGCGGCCGUUAGAGGGAAGGACUUGCUCCCUCCGUUUGGUUCCUGAGCUUCAGGAAGCGAAGAACACCCCUGACACAAACCGUGAAGAAUGCCUUAAGACAUGGGCUCCCGUAGUAGUAGCAACGCUGGCUCGGGGGGCCGGGAUAACCAGGGGAGCUGGUCUCGGAGGGACUCGGGGAUACUGCGCAGCGAGGAAGAGGACGACGAGGAUGUGGAUCUGGCCCAGGUAUUGGCAUAUCUACUGCGCAGAGGACAAUUUCACUUGAUGCAGGGCGGGGGAGCAGCCAGCGUCCGUCUGGUCCAGACACUCUCGGACUCGGACGACGACAAUGACAGUGCCUGGGAAGGGAGACUUGGAAAUCAUUACAAACCUCCAGUGGAUUUGACGCCAGACACUCACGACCUGGAGUCCAACGAGAUCAAAACACACAUCCAGUUGGCAACAGGCAGGCUGGGCUCGGGACAGACUGAGCGUAGUAUCCCUCGACUGCUUAGCAAGAGGGAGCACGGCCUCUGCCACAACAGCAGUUUCUCUCGCGGGGAAUGCUCACGAGUGGCAUCACACUUUCUCCCCAACCACUUGUCCAUCACUGAUUCCUACUCCCAGAAGGCAUUCUGUGGGAUCUAUUCCCGUGAUGGAAAGCUUUUUAUGUCUGCUUGUCAAGAUCAGACAAUCCGCUUAUAUGACUGCACUUACGGAGCCUUCCGGAAGUUCCGGAGCAUCAAAGCCCGGGACGUAGGCUGGAGCGUCCUGGAUGUUGCCUUCACUCCCGACGGAGCCCAUUUCCUCUACUCCAGCUGGUCAGAUUACAUUCACAUCUGCAACAUCUACGGCGAGUGUGAUACCCACACAGCACUGGAUCUGAGGCCUGACGAGCGUCGCUUUGCCGUCUUUUCCCUCGCAGUCUCCUCAGAUGGAAGGGAAGUGCUUGGCGGGGCCAACUAUGGCUGUGUCUACGUGUACGACAUGGAGCAGAAUAAGCGGACGCUCAAGAUUGAGUCCCACGAAGACGACGUCAAUGCUGUGGCCUUUGCUGACACCAGUUCCCACAUCUUGUUCUCCGGGGGAGACGAUGCCAUCUGCAAAGUGUGGGACCGGCGCACCAUGAGAGAGGACGACCCCCGGCCUGUGGGCAUCCUGGCUGGCCAUCAAGAUGGCAUCACCUUCAUAGACAGCAAAGGGGACGCCCGAUACCUCAUCUCAAACUCCAAGGACCAGACGAUAAAGCUCUGGGACAUGCGGAAGUUCUCGGGCCGCGAAGGGCUGGAAGCCUCCCGCCAAGCUGUCACUCAGCAGAACUGGGAUUAUCGCUGGCAGCAGGUGCCCAAGAAAGCACGGCGGAAGUCAAAGCUUCCAGGUGACACCUCCCUCAUGACGUACCGCGGCCACGGAGUGCUCCACACACUGAUCCGCUGCCGUUUCUCUCCGCUUCAUAGUACCGGACAGCAAUACAUCUACAGUGGCUGCUCCACGGGGAAGGUGGUGGUAUACGACCUCCUGAGCGGCCUGAUCGUGACAAAACUGACCAAUCACAAGGCUUGUGUCCGUGAUGUCUGCUGGCACCCCUACGAGGAGAAGAUUGUCAGCAGCUCGUGGGACGGGAACAUCCGGCUUUGGGAGUACCACCAGACGGAAUACGACGAAGAUCCGCGGAGGCCGCCUACCACCCGAGAGCUGCGCCCCAGACCCUCAGGAGCUUCUGAUCAGUAGCCUUUCUAUCUCUGCUCGCCACCAUUCUCCAGUUUUGGACUUGCCACACGGUCGAGGGAGUGGGGGGAACAAACUAGACCUCGCGCUGCCU